UGUAAAUUUGUACUAGCGGGGCUCCAAGAUGUGGAUUGCCAGUUCGCCAAAUCCAAUCCAACUGAAUUUUUGCUUCCAAUCUUCCCGCUGCUCUGCCCUUUCCUACUUCUGAUCGACAACCCAUUCAUUCGACCCGGUGCUUUGGGCUCUGCCAUCUUCCUUCGCCUCUCUCAGUAUGCCGUCUCGGAGAUCUGGGACGCCGGCGUUUGUCCUGUUGCUUCUUGUGAUCUCCCUCUCCUUUUGCACAUCAAGUUCCGAGCUUGAUUCUCGAUGGGCAGCUAAGAAGCUGGAGAUGCGAGACAAGGUCCGAGAGAUGUUCUAUCAUGCUUAUGAAAACUACAUGACCUACGCGUUUCCGCAUGAUGAGCUGAAGCCUCUUACCAAGUCAUACACAGACUCUCUAAGCGAGCUUGGGAAUCUCAAGCUUGAGCAUUUGCCUACAGAUUACAGUGGCUCGGCCCUUACUCUCAUUGAGUCAUUAUCUAGCCUUGUUAUAAUGGGAAACAACACAGAAUUUGAAAGGGCAGUUGGUUGGCUGUCGAAGAAUUUGUCAUUUGAUGUUGAUGCCAGGGUAAACCUUUUUGAGUGCAAUAUAAGAGUUCUCGGAGGGCUUGUUUCUGCUCAUAUUCUUGCAUCUGACUCGAAGAAUCGGUUGAUUCAAGGUUCUUAUGAUAAUGAAUUGCUGGGUCUGGCUGAAGAUUUGGGCCGGCGUUUCUUACCUGCAUUUGAUACACCAACUGGUUUGCCUUACGCCUGGGUCAACUUGAAGGAAGUGAGAAUAUGUUUCUGCCUUUUUCCUUUUGUAAGAGGGAUAUAUGACUCCGCAGCAAUGCAAAAUUCUGUGGACAGUAUGGAGUCAUGGAAGGUGAAACUACUGAAACUAGCACUUCAGGGUGUGGUGAGAUUCAUAACCAUACAGUUCGCUUUGCUGCAUUGUUCUCUCAUACUUGAAAUGGGAGCACUGUCACGAUUAACUGGGGACCCGAGAUAUGAAUUUGCAGCUUUACGGGCUCUGAGGAAGUUGUGGAGUAUGCGUAGUUCAUUGAACUUAUUCGGAACAACUCUAGAUGUGAUGACUGGAGAGUGGAUUGAGCACUCUUCUGGGAUUGGAGCUGGGGUUGAUUCUUUCUACGAGUAUCUAGUCAAGGCUCAUAUUCUAUUUGGAAAAGAUGACUACUGGAGAAUGUUCCAGUCAGCUUAUCUAGCUGUGCAGAAAUACUUCAGACAUGGCUCAUGGUACCAUGAAGCUGAUAUGAGGAGUGGAAGAGCAACUUAUUGGCAGCUGACAAGCCUUCAAGCAUUUUGGCCUGGUCUACAGGCAAAGGUGUCUGAUUGUAAUAUUAUUAAUCAGGUUCUUGUGGGGGAUGUCAGAGCUGCGAAUUCCUCCCAUCGAGAGUUCUUUUCUGUCUGGGAAAAGUAUGGGGUGCUACCAGAAAGGUAUUUGCUGGAUUAUCAGACUGUGCACCCUACAGAAAAGUAUUAUCCACUGCGUCCUGAAUUGGCCGAGUCCACAUUUUACUUAUAUCACGCGACUAAAGAUCCUUUUUAUAUAGAGGUGGGCGAAGCAAUAGUUAACUCUCUCAACUUCUACACUAAAGUUGAGGGAGGAUUUGCUAGCAUUCGAGAUGUCACAACUAUGCAAAGGGAAGAUCACCAGCAUAGUUUCUUUCUCGCGGAAACGUGCAAGUAUCUGUAUCUUCUCUUUGAUGAUUCGUUUUUAGCUGGUAGAAACUAUGUGUUUACAACUGAGGGUCACCCUCUCCCAGUGCUAAGUGAUUGGCAUGAUCGACUUCCAGAAGCCUACAUCCCAUCAAAUUGGACCUAUGUCAAGAGUCGGAUGCCAACGGAACGAGCAAGUGCGAUGUCACUGCAAGUAUGUCCUGCAACAAGCUUGAAUCUGGGAGAAGGCCAGCAGCCAAUCGAGAGCGUCUGCCACGUCGUUGAUGCCCGAGGGGACCACCGGUGUCUGAGAGACGAGGAGUGUGGGGUCGAUGCAACCUCCUGCAGAAGCAGAUCGUGUAGCAUUGCUGGAUACUGUGGGUUGUGGCUGUUGGUAUAGCGCGCACACACAUCGAUGAGAUUAGAUGACCGCCAUAUAUACAUACAUUCUUUGAAGAACACUAACAUGGUUAGCAGUUAUUUAACAGGGAAACCACAGAGCUCAGAAAGCAAUCAAAGAGCAAUGAAAUGGCAUUUGUAGUAGAAGUGUUUAAAGGGAUUAUUGCUGGGCGCAGAUAUAGAAACAGAGAGGAUGGAUUCUUGUUUUCGCAAGUGGGGCGCAUUAGUGAAUCAUUAGAUAUUAUGAGGAUGAGUUGGUUAUAGUUGAUAGUUUAGGGACCAAAAAUACAAUACGCGUGAUGUAACUAUUUUAAUUUUUAAAUAGCAGAGUCGAGAUUCGGAGAAAGGUGAAGCGU